AUGGUCAAAAGGUCUAAUGAUUCUGAAGACCCCUCGAAACCUCGUAAGAAACCCAAACAAUUUAUCGAUCUCAUCAACCCACUCUCUCACAAAAUUCCAAAAAAAGAAGAAGACAGCGAAAACGAGCAAGAAAUAAUCAACGUCGACGACAACCCAUUUUCUGAGUCCAAAACUAACGAAUCUGAAUCUUCUAGCGAUUACAAAGUUUUCAGUGCUUCUUGGCAAUCAAAUUUUUGCAAUAGAAAAUUAACUCUCAGAGACCGCCCUCUCCAUAAAUGUCAAGGGCUUUCUUAUGCUCUUGAAUGUGCCUUUAUAACAGCUGCCAUAGGAAUGAAUAAGGUGGUACCUGAAAACUUUUUCAAAAUAAGGAGAAAAUACACGAUUGAAAAAGUUAUGGCAAAGGUCGGAAUUAAAGCAAAACAGCUAUUUUUAGAAGAUUAUGAAAGGGAAAUGGGAAAAAAAGGGAAAUUAAAUUUAAUUGUCCAUGCUGAUGACUGCUUGUCUAGCAGGAAAAAAAAUUGGUGUUAUGCAGUCGCUGAAAGGGGGAGGGCAAUUUUUUAUAAUUGUUGACAAAUAGAGCCUUGCUUUGGAGAUUCCGCAAUUAUUGGGCAGAAGAUAGAAUUUCAAAAUAAUGGAGAAAAUUUUAGAUAUGUGAUUUCGGCGUUGUGGAUGCUUGAAAAUGAAGCGCCGAGGUAG